AUGGUCAGGUGUGCAGUCAUCCCCAACAUCCCAGGUGACCUCACAUUCCACUUUUCAUUCAGCGCUAUAAAGGGACGGUACAUCACUCUGCGUCUUCCAGGCAGCGGGAGGACUCUUUGUCUCUGCGAAUUUGAGGUGUUCAUCGGAGACUACGAAUAUCCUCAACCCAACCUGGCACUGAAAGGAGACGCCACCCAGUCAUCGACGAGCUCCGUCUUCGUUGCUGCCAAGGCCAUCGACGGGAAUCGCAACUCCUACCUCCCAAAAGGGUCCUGUACCCACACAGAGUCAGAGACGGACCCCUGGUGGAGGGUGGACCUGGGACAAGAAUAUGAUAUCACAUCUGUCAAAGUCACAAAUAGAGGAGACUGUUGUGGUGAGAGACUGGAUGGAGCCGAGAUACGGGUGGGGAGCUCUCUGGAGAACAACGGAAACAACAACACCAGGUGUGCUUCCAUCCCCAGCCUCAGUGCCGGUAAAACCAAAACCUACCGCUGUGAUGGGGGCAGCGUAGAGGGCCGCUUCGUGAACGUGAUCAUCCCCGGGGACAGCAGGACGCUCACCCUGUGCGAAGUGGAGGUGUACGGUACCCUCGCAGAGAUCUGGAUUGACAACUCAAGAUGUGGAACUAUCUUGUCAACAACCGGGCCGUUGUCCUUCACCUUCAACUGUGCUGGCAUGACGGGUCGCUACGUACAAGUGUACAUUCCGAAAUACACUUAUUUGGCCCUGUGUGAAGUCGAGGUGUUUGCUUCCCUGGCAGCGCCAGAAGAUAAUGCUCCAUCCAACGUCACCGCUCCUCCUCCUCCUCCCACCGUGAGCGUGCUGUUGAGCGGCAGAAAAGUGACGGUGGUGGGAGAGCGGCUCGGCUGGUCCGACGCGCUGCUCUUCUGCAGACGUAACCACUGGGACCUGCUUAUCCUCCGCAGCCAGGAGGAGCAGAGCGAGCUGGAGCGGCUGCUGGGCAGCGCUGGGUUACCGCUCAGCGACCAUGUCUGGCUGGGGCUGCGCAGAUACCUAAUGGGCGACAUGUGGUUCUGGAUGUCUGGCGACGCCAUGCCGUUCACCAAAUGGCUGCGAGGCAGGGCCCCUUGGCGGCAGUCCGACCCCUGUGGAGGCAUCGGCACAGGAGAGCCCUUCGAGUGGGAGAGCCAGCCUUGUGACAAGCGCCUCAACUUCAUCUGCCAAUCAGAUACCGGGUUGGGAGCACGAAGGGUGUUCUUCGCGAGCACCAAAGUUCCUGAGGGCUGAUAAUAAUGGAACCUGUUCACCUGACAGCGAUUUUGAAACUUCCUGCACUUCUUUGAUGUCGACUAUAUGAUAAAAUAAGAUACAGCAUACCUAUUAGUUAUAACCACCUGAAAUCCCCUCCAGGGGGUUAGUCUCUCUGUAAUCACAUGUAACCACUUCUUGCAUUUCUGUUAAUAUACAGAAUAAUCAUAUUUGUUAAACAGAUCCUUUGUCUUUAUAAUGUGUGAAAGACCAUAGCGAUGUAACUGCUGAGCUAUCACCGGCAAUGUUCCCCACAUCGAGCGUAGUUAGAUUUGCAUUCACAACAACGAAGGAAAAUGCUUAUUUAUUCUGCAAUUUGUCUGAUUGACCUUGACGUAGGACGAAAAUAAAUGAAAAAA